GCGAACUCUACACGGCCAUCCUCCUCCUCCUCCUCCUCCUCUCGCUCCCGGCGUCGCUCGAAGCUCACGACCUCCGGCUCACUCCGUCGACGACGUCGCAGGGCCUCGCCGGAUCAGCAGCUAGGCAAACGAUGGCGCCGCCGCCACCUUCCGCCGCCGUCAGCGAGGUCCAGGUGGAGUCCGUCAAGUUCCCGCCGUCCGUCAAGCCGCCUGGCUCCGCCAAGACCCACUUCCUCGGCGGCGCAGGAGUGAGAGGUCUGGAGAUCCAGGGGAAGUUCAUCAAGUUCACGGCGAUCGGCGUCUACCUGGAGGAUGCGGCGCUGCCGUCCCUCGCCGCCAAGUGGAGCGGCAAGAGCGCGGAGGAGCUGGCCGACUGCGUCGAGUUCUUCAGGGACAUCGUCACGGGUCCGUUCGAGAAGUUCUCUCGGGUGACAAUGAUAUUGCCAUUGACGGGAGCUCAAUAUGCAGAGAAGGUCACCGAGAACUGCGUCAAAUACUGGCAAUCUGUUGGUACUUACACUGAUGCCGAGGCUGCUGCAGUUGAGAAAUUCUGCAAGGCUUUCAAGGACAAAACCUUCCCGCCCGGUUCCUCGAUCCUAUUCACACAAUCGCCAAACGGGUCAUUGACGAUUGCCUUCUCUGAAGACGGAUCCGUACCCGAAGCCUUGAACACGGUGAUCGAGAACAGACAACUCACUGAGGCGGUAUUGGAGUCGAUGAUCGGUAAGCACGGCGUAUCUCCUCAAGCUAAGACGAGCCUGGCCUCGAGGAUUCGUGAACUCCUGAAGGGCUGCGAGAAGAAGGCGGAUGAAGUCGACAAGAAUGUGGCCGCGAAGGUUGACAUAGUCAGUGUGGCGUAGAUUGGUGGAGCAGAGGAAGACAAGAAGGUGGAACCAAAUGGCAGAACAGUGGCACCUGCUGUUGUAUAAGGAGGAGAUAAAGCGGCGGCAGAAAGAAGCGAAAAAUGAUGCUAAUAAUCUAUAUGUUUCAGUGCAAUGUGAAAUCUCAUCUUUCCAUCUUUGACUCGUUCGACGUGGUGUGAAAUUUCAUCUUUGGAUUCUUAGCUCGCUUAACGUGGUCUUUGAACUAUUUCUGAAAGUUUAAUGCAGUCUUUUUGUUUGAUCAAA